AUGUUUGAGUACGAGGAGAGUUUAACCCAAGAUGUGGUCAAUCUGAGGAAUCUGCUUCGACUGACGGACCACAACCUGCGAAGUGUCGGACAGAAACUGAGUCCAUUUUGCAGUCAUGCAGAGGGUCAUGAUGGUGAUUGUGAGCAGCAGAGUCCUCAUCGGCUGACCUUACGAGACCUGCAGACCCCUGAUGUUCCUCUGUCCCAGUCAGGCUGUGUUUGGCAGGAGGGGGCUCUCAGUGGGACGGCUGAGAGACCUGCCUUUGUUCGUAGUCUUAGCCCACCUUUCUCCAACUCUACGUCUGCUUCAGUCAAAAUCAGGUCAGUAGACAUGGAGACCAUUUCUUUGAGGAAGAAGUUGGGCUGUGCGCUGCGUCAGGAAAACGCCUGCCUGGCCAUGCAGGAUGAGCAGCUCAUCAGUGACAUUGAUGCGAUGCAGUAUGAAUUGGCCACCUCAAAGUCUCAGCUCCACCUCAGAGGCCCUAGGGUUGGGGUUAAAAACAAUGUGGCAGUCAUGAGUGAGCAGAUUCGUCAGCUUCAAGCAGAGCUGGAGGCUCAAGCAAAAGAACUAAAGGCAGCAGAGCUGAGGGCUGAGUGUAGCCAGGAAGCAGCAGCCCACAAUGACAUUGUGGUGGCGAGUGUCACUGAAGAGCUGGGUGCUCUGAGAGACGAACUGGAUAACAAGACAGCACUAGGAAAACGGGCUGAGCAACAAAGGAACCAAGCACUUGAAAAUGCAGAGAAACUCAAAGAAGCUUUCAAAGAUUACAAGGCCACAAUUUCCAUUAAACUUAGGAGGGUGAUGGAGAGUGAGAGCAAUCUAAAAGAGAGUCUCAUUGAGUGUGACAGAGAAAAAGAGGAGCUGGAGAUGAAGUGCACCGUGUUGCAGAGAGAAAAGAAGCAUUUGCUUUAUGCCGGUUGUCAUCUGAAGGAGGAGGUGAAGCAGGCCAAGUGUUCGGCUGCUGAGAGCUCAGACCUCCAGGCUCAGCUGGAGGAGGCCAGACAACGGGCCUCUCUUCUGGAACGGCAGCUUGUGGAGCGGGGAGCGGAGUGCAGGGAGCUGGCCUCUCUGCGCAGGGAGCUGGAAGACCUGCGGACUGUGACCCAGAGCCAGGAGCAGAAGGUGGCCCAGAGCCACAGAGAGGCUCAGCAGAGCCAAGCAGAGCUGUCCAGCCUGGAGAACAUACUGGCCCUGCUGCAUCUACAAGAGGGUGCUGUGUGGCCACUUUGUGCCAGGCCAUGCAUGCUGCCGCCAGUGGACUAUUCAGGAACUGCACACCUGCUGAAGCUAAAGCCAGGUGAAGGUUACCAGCAGCUGCUGCGGGUGCUGCAGUCGACAGAGGCUGAGCGGACUAAACAAAGCAGCGUGGUCGAGCGGCUUCAGGAGCGUCUGAGGAGAGCCCAGGAGGAGAUCUCUUCCCUGCAGAGCUCCAUGGCCCAAAGAGCCUCCCACUACCAAAGCCUCCACACAGAGCUGCUGGACAAAGUCAGCCAAGCCACUGACACAGAGAAAGAGUUGAAGAGAAAAAGUGCUCGUGUGUCUGCGCUGGAGAAACAGUUACAGGAGAAGACUUCAGCCUACAGUCAGGCUGCACUGAAAAACACUGAGCUGGAGAAUCAGCUACUGGAGAAGACCAGCACUCUUCAACAUUAUCAGUCACUGAUGACCAAAAAGCAAAGAGAGUAUCAACAGUCUUUGGACAAGUGUAAAAAAUCACAGUCUCAACAAUGCAUGGAGCAACAACACAGAAUAGAAAUGUUGCAGUUGUCUGUAGAAGAGGCUCAGUCUCGGGUGUUAGAGAUGGAGCAGGAGCUGUGUUUACUCCAGAGGGCGCGAGACGAGGCUCAAAAAGCAGCUCUUGUGCUGCAGACCACCGUGGAACAGCUGACACAAGAGAAGCAGGUUGAAGUCAGACACCAUGAAGAGUUGCUGCAGAGUUUCAAAGAGCAGGCAGCUCAGUCUGCCACCAAGGUGUGUGAGCUACAGUCGUCUCUGUCAGCGUGUAGAGAAGAACUGGCCUCAUACCUGCAGCAGAUGGAGGAGGUAAAGUCGAACUAUGAGAGUGAGCUGCAAAAGAGCAAUCACAAGGUGUCCUCGCUGCAGGAGAAGCUCCACAGCACCAGCUUGGUUUGUCAGAGCUCCAGUGAACAGAACCUGCAGCUGCAGCUUUCUCUCCAGCAGCAGCAGACCAUGCUGACUGAGAGCACCGCCCACAUCUCUGAACUGGAGGAGGGCCAGAGCCAGCUGCAGAGACAGGUGUCCAGUCUGGAGCAGCAGCUGGAACGAGCGAGGGCCUCUCUGCAGGACGAGGUCAGGAACAGAGAGCAGGAUGCCCGGGAGAAAGACAAGAACCUGCAGGAGAUGAACCAGCAGAACACCCAACUGUCCGAGUCUGUCACCCAUCUGACAUCAGAGAUGACAAAGUCUCGAGGGGAGCUGCACCGUCUGAGGAAGGAUGUCUCUGUCAGGACGUCUCAGAUCACCUGCAUGGAGGAGAGCCUGCAACACACGAAGAACCAGCUCGACAGAAAGACUGACAUGGUUGUGGAUCUGGAGGAGAAGCUCCAUCGCUGUGAGGCAGACCAGCUCAACUGUGUCCAGCAGGUGCAGAUGCUGGAGGGACAGCUGCAGGUGGUGCGGGAAGAGCUGGCUGAUACUCUAGAGCAGCUACAGAAACUCAAGGACAUUCUGCAGAGAACACAAACCAUCGCAGAUGAGCGGCAGGCCUCCGUGGAGAAACUGACUGUCCAACUUAGUGAGACCCAGAGGGAGCUGGAAGAGAGAACUCACGAGGUCUUAGACAUGGACAAUGCACUAAAGGAGAGACAAGGGGAGCUCCAACAGAGAGCACAGCUGCUUGGCCAGCUGGACGUGGCGAUCAGAGAGCACAAACAGGAGAUGGAGAGGAAGGUGGAGUCUCUGCAGCAGAGCCUUGAAACCAGAGAGAGGGAGCUGAGAGACGCACAGAGGGAGCUCACAGACAGAAAUAUAAAGGAGUCACAGCAGCUCCACCAACAGCUGCGUGUGUGUCAGCAGAGACUUCAGACUGUGCUACAAGAGCUUGAAGAAACGCAACAUCACUGCGAGGCUUUGACCAGAGAGAUUGACACCGCCAAGCUGCAGACCAAGGAGACGGAGGUCCGGCUGUGUGGUGUGGAGGAGGAGCUGGUGCUGAAGGAGGCACACUGGCUGCAGUCGGAGGCCAGGCUGAAGGGCAUGGUCACCUCUUUAGAGCAGGAGCUGGAGCUGGAGAAGGAGCAGCACAGCAGGGAGCUGGAGUCACUGCAGCAGACUCGAGGUCAGCUCCUCAAAGUCUCUGAGCAGAUCUCCUCCACCAUGCGCUCCUCCCAAGAGCAACUCACCGCUAAGCUUCAGCAGAGCGAGGCCCAGCUCGAGCAGGCCAAAGCUGCCCAGCUCCAGACUCAGCUGCAGGCCUGUGAGAAGUCCAUGGAGACCUCCAAUGAGUCCAUGCUCAUCAAGGAGUCCGAGGUGACCCGUCUUCACGCCAGGAUCUCCAGUCUGGAGCGGGCUGCUGACCGCCAGAAUCUUUACAAUCACACUCUCUCUCUCCCAGCUCCCAACAAGUUCACACACUCCCCACAGCGCUCCUCCUCUGCUCACUCACCUCCCUCCUCGCCCACAAAGCCUCAAACAACCGUCCGCUCUCCCGCACACACUCACUCAAGUCGUCUCCAAUCCCCAACAUACACACAAGGUUGCUCAUCACCCCACGCUUGCACAUACCUGCAGCCCGCCUCACUUCCUAACCUAUCUGUCAGCCACCAAACUCACGAUUGGCUGCAGAGCAGUAGCAUCAACUCAUCCCUGGAUCUCCCUCUAAGCCUGAAGGCAACACUGAGGGAGGCUUUGAGCAAGCAGCCCUGGGAGUCCUCCUCCUCUUCCUCUGUCUCCCCGUUCCCGCAUGAAGUGGACCGCAGCUGGCAGGGCCUCAGCGUCAUGGAGACCACACCAACCUCUGACCUCUCCUUCAAUCCCCUCACAUACAUGGUGGACAAACAAGAUGACGGAAACCCCAACAUGGAGGAGGAGGAGGUGGAUAUGAGUUCGCUGACAGGUAUGCUGAGGUUUGUUAAUCAGACUUUAGCCAUGCAGGAGGACCGUUCAUUAUGGAGCUCCACUGGACUAUCGCAGAGCGCAGCAGAGCAGCCUCGAACUCCAGAGGGACAUCAAUGACACAUGACACUGUGCUGCCUAGGAGAUGUCAGAGAGGAGAACAGCUGUUUACAAUGUAAACAAAAACUCUGUCCUCAUGGUGUGUGUUAUUAAAGCUGCAAUAUUGUCUGUGAGGGAGAAGGUAAAUGAUCUGUCCAGUUUAGAUGACCACUACUGCUCCAGCCUGUAAAUACUGUGAUGAUGUUUCAUAUAUUUUGUAGCAUUUGCAUUUCAUGCUGUAUCUUUUCCUAACCAAUAUUUAUAUAUUUUUACACUA